UGGCUGAUUACUGAACUGGCUAUAGGACCAGGGAGGGCUUCUACAGACCUCUACAGACUGGAGACAAGACGUUUUUAAUCAUGGUGGUUUUGAGGAAGGGUGAUUGGGUGUGGGUGGACUCUGGUCUGGGGGUGCCCAUCGGAGCUGAGGUCAAGCUGACCGACACUGGACAGCUGCAGCUCUUCGAUGAUGAAGGAAAGGAGCAUGAGAUCAACCAGAAGGAAGAGGAUGGGAUCCGGCCCAUGCAUCCUACGUCCGUUAACGGAGUGGAUGACAUGAUCAGACUGGGGGACCUCAACGAGGCCGGGCUCCUCAGGAACCUCCUGGUCCGACACAAGGAGGGCAUUAUCUAUACCUACACAGGCUCCAUUCUGGUGGCAGUGAACCCGUACCAGCUGCUGCCCCUCUACACUACAGAGCAGGUGCAUCUGUACACGGACCGCCGGCUGGGCGAGCUGCCUCCACACGUGUUCGCCAUCGCAGACAGCUGCUUCUUCAACAUGAGACGCAACAAGAAGGACCAGUGCUGUGUCAUCAGUGGUGAGUCUGGGGCAGGAAAGACAGAGAGCACCAAGUUGAUGCUGCAGUUUCUAGCUGCUGUGAGCGGGCAACACUCCUGGAUAGAACAACAGAUACUGGAGGCCAACCCUAUACUGGAGGCCUUUGGUAAUGCCAAAACCGUCCGCAACGACAACUCCAGUCGCUUCGGGAAGUACAUGGACGUUAACUUCACUAAGGGCGGGGCCAUCGAAGGGGCUAAGAUAGAGCAGUACCUACUGGAGAAGUCCCGCGUCUGCAGACAGGCCCCUGAGGAAAGGAACUACCACAUAUUCUACUGUAUGUUGAUGGGGAUGCCUGCUGAACAGAAGAAGAUCCUGUCUCUAGGCAACGCCUCAGAGUACAACUACCUCACCAUGGGUAACUGCACCAGUUGCGAUGGGCGUGAUGACAUUAAGGAGUACGCCCACUUCCGCUCGGCCAUGAAGAUCCUGAUGUUCUCUGAGAAUGACUCCUGGGAGAUCAACAAGUUACUGGCUGCUUUACUCCACCUGGGAAACGUUGACUUUGAAGCCACCAUUUUGAAUAAUCUGGAGAGCUGUGACGUCAUGACGUCAAAUCAUUUCAACAUGGCAAGCAAACUUCUGGAGGUGGACCCCAAGGCCCUGGAGAAGAGUCUGACCCAGCGCUCCUUCAUGACCUCCAGGGAGAGUGUGACCAAACCCCUCACCUCAGCCCAGGCCAUGGACGGCAGAGACGCGUUUGUCAAGGCCAUCUAUGGUAGACUGUUUGUCUGGGUGGUGGGGAAGAUCAACAUGGCUGUGUUCAAGCCUCCUCCCGAGGACACUAAACACGGCAGACAGUCUAUCGGUCUGCUGGACAUCUUCGGCUUCGAGAACUUCAACAAGAACAGUUUUGAGCAGCUGUGUAUCAACUUCGCCAACGAGAAGCUGCAGCAGUUCUUCGUGAAGCAUGUCUUCAAGCUGGAGCAGGAUGAGUACGCCCGCGAGAACAUCGUCUGGAACCACAUCGACUACAACGACAACCAGAGAACACUGGACGUGCUGGCCAACAAGUCUCUUAACAUCCUGGCACUUAUCGACGAGGAAAGCAACUUCCCCAAGGGUACAGAUACUACCAUGAUCAACAAGAUGAACCAGGUACAUGGGAAGGGCGAUGUCUAUAUUCCCCCUAAAAACAACCACGACACGCAGUUUGGAAUCCAGCAUUUCGCUGGGGUGGUCCACUACGAUUCAAAAGGUUUCCUUGAGAAGAACAGAGAUGCUCUGAGCACUGACCUCAUCCAGCUGGUGGAGACGUCGUCCAGUAAGAUGCUGAAGCAGGCAUUCCAGAACGAGCUCUCCUCCAAUAGCGAGAUAGCCAGCGCCAACCCCAAGAUGACCAUCAAUCACAAGAACUCUCGACGGCAGCAAGCGGCUGAUGCUAAGAAGCAUGUUCCUACGUUGAGUGGUCAGUUCCGACAGUCCCUAGAUUCCCUGAUGAAGACCCUGACAGUCUGCCAGCCCUACUUCAUACGCUGCAUCAAGCCCAACGACUUCAAGAAGCCCAUGCUGUUUGACAGAGAGCUGUGUAUGCGUCAGCUGCGCUACUCUGGGAUGAUGGAGACCAUUAGGAUCAGGAAGGCUGGCUAUCCCAUCCGCUACACCUUCGAUGAGUUCCUGGAGCGAUACCGCGUGCUGCUCAAGACCACCCUCUGUGACCCCAAAGCGGAAUCUCCACAGAAAUGCGCUGAAUGUAUCUGUGAGACCGUUCUUGCUGGACAAGAUGGUGACUGGAAGACCGGCAAGACAAAGAUAUUUCUGAAGGACUUCCAUGACACCCUGUUGGAGCUGGAGAGAAUGAAGGAGUUGAAUGAGAAAGCCCUGCUGAUCCAGAGGGUCCUGCGAUGCUACAAACAUCGGAGACAGUUCCUGAGACAGAGGUCUUCUGCGCUGGUCAUUCAGAAACACUGGAGAGGUUACAAAGGCAGAAAGCUGUACAGAGUGGUCCAGCUGGGUUUUGCUCGUCUGCAGGCGAAGGUCCGAGCCCGCCAGCUGCAGCACCACUACCAGCAGAAGAGGGCCGCUGCGGUCCUGCUCCAGGCCCAGUCACGGGGUUACCUGGCCAGAAAGGAGUGGCAGAGGAAGAGGCACGCGGUGGUCCUCCUGCAGGCUAACACCAGGGGCAUGCUGGCUAGGAAGCAAAUGAAGAAGAUGAAGAGAGAUAUGUACCUGUCAGCUAAGGAGCGUCGUGAGGAGGAGUUGGCAGCCCUGGAGAGGCAGAGACGUUUAGAGGAGGUGCUCCGGCAGAAGGGAGAGAAGGAGGCCAGCGCCCAAUCAGAAUCAAUAACAGACCAGGAAAUGGUGGACAACAUCUUCGGGUUCCUGCCCAGUAUGGUGGGAGGGCAGGAGGGGCAGGCUCCUGUCGGAUUCAAGGACCUGGAGAAGCAGGGAGAGCGGACCAGACCAGAGGAGGUGGAUCUGGAUGACCUGCCCAUGGUAGAGGACAUCCCCGAGGAGGACUAUGACGACCUUGAUGAGUACUCCUUCUCAAAGUUUGCCUCCAUGUACUUCCAGGGCGCCGCCACGCCAACACACAUCCGCCAGAGGCUCAGACAGCCACUACUCUACCACGAGGACGAAGGAAAUGUUAUGGCCUCCAUGACAGUGUGGUGGAUCAUCUUGAGGUUCAUGGGGGACCUGCCGGAGCCCAAGCUGGUGCAGGGCCAGGGGGCUAGGGGGGUCAGGGGGUCAAACAUGGCUAACAGCUCCCUGGAUCAGAACCUGGUCUUGAGACAGGACAGGAGGCUGAGCCACAUGGUGGGCCUGGACCAGAGGGUUCUGAGGAACCAGAAGAACCGUAAGGUCUCCACGGUACCAGAGGAACCUGCUCCUCGAAGCAGAAAGGGUUCCACCUUUACAGACUUGGUGUCCCGGAACCGCAAGGCCUCUGCCAAGACUGACGAGGUGAUCCUGAGCCGGAAGGGUUCCUCGGCCGUAGACGCGACGCCCCGAGCCAGGAAGGGUUCCUCGGCCGUAGAUGCGACGCCCCGAGCCAGGAAGGGUUCCUCGGCCGUAGACGCGACGCCCCGAGCCAGGAAGGGUUCUACGUUCACUAACCUGCUGAGUGGGGGUAGAAAGACGUCUUCCAUCCCUGAGGAGGUCCCAGCCUCUCCCUCUAGGGGCACGAGGAAACCCUCUAUCAUCCAGGAGGAGUCAGAGGAAGGAGAAGAGGUGUCCAAGCCGCCCACUGUGCAGACCAUCAGUGAGGAGGACGAGAUACUGAUAGGAGAGGGACCCACCCUCGACCGGCCAAUGACUGCUCUGGAAAAACUACACAUCAUCGUGGGUUACGCCAUCGUCAGAAGAGACCUCAGAGAUGAGAUCUACUGUCAGAUCUGUAAGCAGCUGCAGGAGAAUGGGAACCGCAGCAGUUUCUAUCGAGGUUGGAUCCUCCUGUCCAUCUGUCUGGGGAUCUUCCCCCCCACUGAACGCUUCAUCAAGUUCCUCCAGAGCUUUAUCCGCUUCGGGCCGAUGGGCUAUGCCCCCUACUGUGCCAAGAGACUGAGGCGCACCGUAGCCAAUGGAGUCCGUGGAGAGCCUCCGAGCUGGCUUGAACUAGAGGCGACCAAGUCUAAGAAGCCCAUUGCGGUGUCUGUGACGCUGAUGGACGGACGCACCAUCAGCCUGCCUGUAGACUCCGCCUCCACCUCCAAGGAGAUCUGCCAGUUACUCUCUGAGAAGGUCUCCCUCAAAGACACCUUCGGCUUCUCUCUCUACGUGGCUCUCUAUGAAAAGGUGUGGUCGCUGGGCAGCGGGCGGGAGCACGUGAUGGACGCCAUCUCCCAGUGCGAACAGGAAGUGAAACGGAAAGGUGGGCAGGAGCAGCACGCCCCCUGGCGACUCUACUACAGGAAGGAGAUCUUCACCCCGUGGCACGACUGCAAAGAAGACUCCGUCAGCACAGACCUCAUCUACAGACAGGUCAUCAGGGGACUACGCUACGGAGAGUACCAGUGUGACAAGGAGGAUGACAUAGUCCAGCUGUCAGCCAAACACUUCUACAUCCAGUAUGGAUCAGACUGUAGUCUUGACAACGCUAAGACUGUAGUUAAGGACUGCAUUAACUCCUCUCUUCUGGAGGCCAAGUCUCAGGACCAAUGGCUUCAGAUGGUCAGCGCUGCCCAUGCUCAGGGUCCGUAUGUCAACUCCAGGCAGAAAGCAGCAGGUGUGAAGGCUGAGGUGGUGGACUACGCUCGUCAGAAGUGGCCUAUGUUCUUCUCCAGGUUCUUCGAGGCCUCCAAGUUCUCAGGUCCUGCACUGCCUAAAAACAAGUUCAUUGUGGCGAUCAACUGGACAGGCAUCACCUUCCUGGAUGAGAAGGAGAGGAGACUGCUGCAGCUCUCCUACCCAGAGGUCACUGGGGUCAACACCAUGAGGGAGGGCAAGGCGUUUGGCCAUUCUGUGUGUCUCCUGACUCUGAAGGGAGACUUCUCUCUGAAUGCAGCGAUGGCUGGGAACAUAGCAGAGCUGGUGCAUCUGUUCCUGGGAGGACUGAGGGAACGCUCCCAGUACGCUGUAGGCCUGCAGGAGGUCAACCAAGACGACCCUACGUUCCUGAGCUUUAAGAAAGGAGAGCUGAUAGUCCUCAUUAAAGACGAUGAGCUGACUGUCGGCCGCGGCUGGAUCAAGGGCAAGAACGAACGCACCAGCAUGACGGGGGCGGUACCCACCGACGCUAUCCUGGUCCUGCCCACUCUCACCAAACCUACCAAUGAAGUCAUGAGUCUUCUGAACCUGUCACCUGACCAGAGGAAGAGUAUCAUGGCAGCCAAUCACAAGGAGACAGGCACCGUGGAGAGAGUGGCCCCCGUGUCCCUCAAAGAGUUCUCCUAUGAGUACUUCAGGCAGCCCAUCAAGGAUGUGAACCGUCAGGUGAUCUCUAAGAACGUGGUCCCUGAGUGCCUGUGGGCCAACUCCAGGGAGCCAAUCAGACAGCCCCUUCUUAAGAGGCUAGUGGGGAACUCUGAUCUCAGCCAACGGGCCUGCCUGGCCUUCACUGCUAUCCUGAAGUACAUGGGGGACUACCCCACCAAGCAGAUACAGAGUCCUGUGGAGCUGACAGACCAGAUCUUUGGCCCAGCCACCAAGGACGAGGCCCUGAGAGACGAAAUCUACUGUCAGAUCAUGAAACAAAUGACCAGCAACAACAACAGGUUCAGUUUGGAGCAGGGCUGGCAGUUGCUGUGGCUGUGCUGUGGUCUCUUCCCUCCAAGCCAGUCGCUGCUGAAACACACCCAGCGCUUCCUGGAGUCCCGACGGCGUGAAGCCCUGGCCCCUGACUGCCUACAGCGCCUACAGGGAUCACUGAGGAUGGAGCCCAGGAAGUUGCCUCCUCAUCAGGUGGAGGUAGAUGCCAUCCAGCAGAACUCCACCCAGAUCUUCCACAAGGUCCACUUCCCCAACAACAUGGAGGAGGUCUUUGAGGUCAACACCAGCACUAGGAUCAGGGACCUCUGUCAGACCAUCUCCGCCAAGCUCCAGCUGGUCUCAUCUGACGGCUUCAGCAUCUUCGUCAAAACACCCGACAAGGUUCUCAGUCUGAAUGAUUCAGACUACUUCUUUGACAGCCUGAGACAGAUCACUGAUUGGUCCAAGAAAGCCAAGAGUGUCAAAGAGGGAGGAGGGCCCUUGAACAUGACCUACCUAGUGUUCUUCAUGAGGAAGCUGUGGUUUAACGUCAGUCCUGGCAGAGACCUGGAGGCUGACCUCAUCUUCCACUACCCCCAGGAGCUGCCUAAGUACCUGAGGGGGUACCACCGCUGCACGAAGGAGGACAUGGUGAAUGUAGGGGCUCUGCUCUUCAGGGUGAAGUCCAACAACGACAAGUCCCAGUUCGUUAUGAUCCCCAAGAUGCUGAAAGACCUGGUGCCCGGCGACAUGCUGAAGGCCAUGUCCGCUACGGAGUGGCAGAAGAACAUCGUUGCGGCCUACAACAAGCAGGCUGGUAUGACUGCUGAAGAAGCCAUGCUGGCGUUCCUCAAGGUGGUCUGUCGCUGGCCCACCUUCGGCUGCGCUUUCUUUGAAGUGAAGCAAACAUCAGAACCUAACUUCCCAGAUAUCGUCAGAAUUGCCAUCAGCAAACAGGGGGUCACAAUCAUCCACCCCAAAACCAAGGAUGUCCUUGCGACUCACCCGUUCAACCGUAUCGCUAAUUGGUGCAGCGGAUCCACCUACUUCCACAUCACCGUGGGCAACCUGGUCAAGGGAAACAAGAUCCUGUGUGAAACAUCACUGGGCUAUAAGAUGGAUGAUCUUCUGACCUCGUAUGUCAACAUGUACCUGAACGAGAGGAAAGCAGUUAGGACCAGAAACCAGAGAUACAACUAAUAACAUGUAAUAUGUUAACAGUUCAUCACUAUUUGGACAAGUUGCAAAGUCGGAAGCCCUCUCUAGUUAUACAAUUUCUCUUCUUCAGACCUGAUUGUAAAGCUAACCCUAACACCCUACCCUUAACCACACUGCUAACCUUAUGCCUAACCAGAACCUUAAAGGGAUAGCAUGCUAGCAGAUACUCAUAGACUUCCAGCCAUUGUGCUAACGCUAGUUAGUUAGCAUUGGCUCUUGAAACCACCUUUAACUUACUUCAUACUGGACACAGAGACAUAAAAAAAUGGUGUCCACCAGUUCAUCUGACUCUGGGGAUUUAGAUAAAGGGCCUCAUUGCCAAAAUCCCGAAGAAUCCCUUUAACACAAGACCAUAUCGUAAAGAUGUCAUACAUCUUCAUGAUAUGGCAGGUAGCUUAGUGGUUAAGAGCGUUGUGCCAGUAACCGAAAGGUCGCUGGUUCUAAUCCCCGA